GUUGCCUGUGUUGGCUGACGAUGGCGAGGCGGGCCAGGGUGAGGCUGCGGGACACGGCGAAGGCCAGGCAGUGUCGCUCGCGGGACGGUGGGGUGAGGGUGGCACCGCUCGAGUGCUGGCUCCGCGUGGUCUGUUGUGCGAGAGAGGGAAAGAGAGAGACGGACAGAUUGAGGUCUUGCUCCUAUUAGUAUUACUACUGUCUGUUUUUCCUCCUCCCAGUUUCUUUCUUCUUUCGGCGUGCACUUACCUUAAGCAAGGCAUGGAUAUUGUGUGUGAAAAACGACUGACAGUUUGGUGUGUCAUACUAGGAAAUGCCAGACAUUUGUUGAAAUUUUGUGAAUGACAAGUGGAAUUCUGAAUAUAAUGACAGUAAUGUUUUCAAAGUAAAUAGUGGAAUAAGAAAAGAUUACAAGAUCAUAAAAAACUGUUAGCAUCACUUUACAUGCUGCAAGCCAGGGAAUGAAGCUGGAUCUUGCAGGUAUGCAACAAAGAAAGGAAUACAUAAAUAUCAUAAGGAAAUCCAAGAACAAAUAAGCAUGAGAGAGAAAGAGAAAGAGAGGGAGAGAGAAGCGAGAAUUAGAUAUCACAUUACUGCCCCGAGCCAGGACUGAUGUCACAAGGAUCAUGCAAAGUGAGAACUUUGACUUCAUCUACAAAAAGCACAAAAUAGCCUCGGUACUCAACCAGAACAAACGCAAUUAAGUUGUAACAAAUAAAACAAACAGCAACUCGAUUUCUCCCCAAGUGAUGUCAAGUGACAUCAACCAAAGCAAGAUAGCAAGAUAUCAAGUACAUGUUAGUCGACACUAUCACUAACGAAGAUUACAGAUUUAAUGAAGACGAGAGCACUGCGGUGACGUCACGAGGUUAAGUCUUCCGGGCGAGAAGGACGUAUUAGGGGAUUACGAAGACCAGAGAGGAGAAGAUUAGAGAGAAAGAGGAAGAGAGAGAGAGAUAGAGUGAAUGAGUAAGUGAGAGAAAGACAGAGAGAGGGAAAGAGAGAGAGAGAGAGAGAGAGAGAGAGAGAGAGAGAGAGAGAGAGAGAGAGAGAGAGAGAGAGAGAGAGAGAGAGAGAGACGGAGAAGCAGACAGACAGAGAGGAGUUGAGGCAGCAUGACUCAUCCUCUCCCAGGCGUGUGCGCGGACGAGAGAGGAGCGAAUUAGAGAGAGAGAGAGAGGCAGAGAGAGAAAGAGUGAGAGAGAGGGGGCGAGAGAGAAAGAAGGAAAGAGAGGAUGAUGAGGAUGAUGGAACAAGACAAGUGAAAAGAGAGGAGCAAGAAACACAAACAUCAACAUGAAGUUCUCCUGGCAAAGUUCACUGCCUCGAACAGUGAUCACCCUGCUGGCAACACUGUCAGCAUGGGCGGCAGUGGGCGUGAAUGGGUGCAACGCCCAGACGAAGGAGGUAGGCGUGUGUCUCCACGUCUAUUUGGAAAGGGAUUUCCUGUCGCUGGAGAGGAUAGUCUAUCCUCGGCAGAUGGAUAUGUAUCGCUACGUCCCGGACGAACUCCGGCAGCCUCUGCCCCCGCUCCCGGAGCUGCCCGGCAGAGACGGCGAGUGGCCAGAGCCUCUCGAGGGAGAAGCGAAGAAGGAAGACGCGGAUGCGGAUGCGAGGAACGUCGUCGUGGGCCGCCACCAGCACCUGCUGCAGAAGGAAGGCAGCUCGUGGAGGAGAGUGUCCCGGGAGGCGCCGGGGGACUUCGCCGUCAUCGACGCCUACGGAGAGCACGGUUGGGUCGAGGGGCCUGAGUUGGAGGAUUACUGCCAACGUAUUGGCUCUGUCAUCAAGUGCUUUGAGGACGUAUUGAUCGACUGCGACAGUGGAUAUGACUUUUUCAGAUACCGCCACCUUCUGCACUCCCUGGAUCGCGUGCACACUUACCUGUGCAAAACGCCUCACUCCAGAGAGAAUAGAUUUUUACCGUUCCUCCGGCUCAUCGACUGCGCGGAGAGAGCCCGUAUCGAGCAGAGGUCUUGCCAGCGGCCCAACGUCACCGUCAACGUGUGGAACCAGAUUCUGCGGCUGGAGAUCGGGCCGGAGAUGUGCGACUCCCUGAACACCCAGCGGGCGUGCCUCCUGGAGAACGAGUACGUGCGGCGCGAGUGCGGGGGCCUCGAGAAGGAAGAGCUGUACAGGAACGUGUCCACCAUCUUCCUAGCCACGUGGUGCAAGCUGCCCCUCCCGCCCCACCUGCUUCCUAGUGCGUCUAGUCAAAGGUCGCCGUCAGUAGCGAGUCUCCUGCUGGUGGCGCUGGCGUGGCUCGUGGGCGAGACUCUGGCCUGGUGACCUCGGCUUGGGCUAAUGCCGCGGAAAUUCUCCUUUUACGUGUCUUUCUUUCGAUUUUUAGUAUUGUAAGUUUUUUUUUUUU